AUACUCCUAGAACUGUAGCGGUGGAAAAUGGAGUCGUUGCUCGGAUCCGAUCGCCCUACAUCGGGAAAGCAGAUGUAUUUCGCCGGUCGAACACGAUACAUAGUCCUUGCGUUGAGCUUGGCUUGCUUGACGUUGAUCUUCUCGAACAGUCUAGCACUGAAUUUUACGAUCAUCUGUAUGGACGAUGUCAAGACGGACUAUUAUCGUCAGAACAACAAUACUACCGAAGUACACUGGUUGGACUCUAGUAAACACAAGAACUCGCUGUUCUCGGCUAUUGCAAUAGGCUGCAUUCUUGGCACUGUGCCAAACUCGUUACUCAUUCAAAAACUCGGAUUACGUGCGGCUGUAGCAAUUAACGGUUUACUAACAACAAUUGCAACAUUGUUUUUUCCUUUUGCGGUUAGAUAUGGAUUUACAGCCGUAUUUAUUAUGCGAGUAUUACAAGGUGUAGGCACUGCUCUAUCAUUUCCUAUGACUGGUAUUGCCCCAGCCCAAUGGUCGACAUUGAAAGCUACUGGCACAUUCAUCGCUAUCUUGUCAUGUCAUGUGCAGUUCUGCAACAUUCUUACUAUGCCAGUCUCUGGGUUUUUGUGUGAAAGUCGAUUCGGAUGGCCAGCUGUUUUUUAUCUACAGGGGCUACUCUCAGCAUUGAUAUUUCUCACUUAUCACUUUUUCUACACAGAUGAUCCGGCAGACCAUAAAAAUGUUGGUCCCAAAGAACUAGCGAAAAUUUCCUAUGGAAAAAGUUAUGAAAAGGAGCAACGAAUCCCUUAUAGAGCCAUCUUUACUGAUCCAUGUAUACUCGGCGUAUGGUUUUCGGUUAUGGGCGGAAAUCUUGCAUUUCAAAUUUUUUUGAUGUAUGGCCCUACUUAUAUUAAUAAGGUUCUUCACUUAGGCAUCGCCUCGACAGGAUUCGCCACCGCUUUGCCUCAUAUACUCUCGGCUAUAGUAAAAUUUGUAAUAGGUCCAGUAUCUGACAAAGCCACAUGCAUUUCUGGAAAAUGGCGAUUUAUUUUCUUUGCCGCAUUAUCACAAGGAAUGAUGGCCAUAUGUAUAGUUACACUUGCAAAUCUCAGAGAAGCUCGAAUAGCUCAAAGUAUCUACACAGCAGCAAUCGUAUUCAGUGGUAUCAAUGUAGUAGGAAUUAUUAAAUGUGCACAAGUGGUAGCAGGACAAUAUUCACAUUUUGUGAUGUCAGUGAUCUCAUUUUUAACCUCCUUCAAUGUUCUUUUUAUACCUGUAGCUAUAAAUUUUGUAUGUCCGGAUAACACUCCCGAACAGUGGAGUCGUUUGUUCCUUGGAUUGAGCGCUAUCGUAAUCGCAGUCAACGCUCCAUUUGUGUUCGUUGCAAAGGGUGAAGCAGCAGAAUGGACGGGUCAUAAAGUAGCGGCGGCAUUACCAGAGAAAAAAGCUAACAUGAAAAGUGAAGAUCUCAUGGAGAAGUUCUGA